CUAAUUUUGGCAAACGGUUCACUAGCCGACUGCGCACAGCAUAGAUAAUACACUCUCAGUCUCAUUCAGUUUGUUAGUGUUCUAAGUAGCGAGCGAACUAGGACCUCAUUUUCUAAUCCUGCACUCGUGACGUUAAAAAUCAAGAUUGCGUUCUGACUACUUGCGUUUGCAUAAAACGUCUUGGCUUUCUCGCGUCAGUGUUCAGAGCAACCCCGGGAUCCGCUCAAAGGGUACUUUUCGCCCUCUUUCCCUAACCGAUCGCUCAUCUGUAUCCAAUAGUAGGGAACCCUUUCAAGAUGCAGCCGAAUGUCAAUGGAACCACUGGAACGAAAAGUAGAGAGGCCAACAUGGAAUCUCAGCGGGGCAGAAAUUUCACGAUACCACAGCCUAUAGCGGAAGAAGACCAACAGCAACAAUCCGAAAAAACGAGUGUUAGAAAGAAUCUCGAGAAGGCAUCUUUCAUGGAUUCCGUGAAGAAGUUUUUUGAACCUUGCGUCGGUGCUGUAGAUGCUGCUUCCUUCUACAUUGGCGAAUGCCGACCUUCGGACUACGAAGCGUGCGAUCCCAACCAACAGGACAAGGUUGCCGAAGACGUGAUAAUGAAGCUGAGAGAACGCAACGGCGGCCUCAAACGAAGGAACGAGACCCUCGAAAUCCCAACCAAUGGCAUGUUGUUCGAGGACGACGACGUUUCCGCCAUAUCUUCCCACACCCUCGAAGAGAUGGAACGGCUGAGGCUGGCCCAAAACAGCGGAAUCACGAACUUUCAGAUCGCUCCGGGCAAGCACCAACCCGGAAAUAUUCUGCACCCGAGGCCGACGGACGAUCCCACAAGCCCACAAGACGCCGCAGACCGUUCUGACGCGGUGAAGUUUCGAAAUUGGAGCACCCAAAAGACACCGAGCACCGCGAAACCACAAGAAAGGGGCACCAACGAAGGGAAUAUCACGCUCUGUGUGUCCGUUUCGGACUCUUCGAGCAACGAAGAUGGCGAAAAGGCGUCACCGAAGGCUUCCUCGCCGAAGGAAUUCUCACCGAAGACAUUCACAUCGCCACCCUCGUGGUCAAAGAAGAGCGGGAAAAAUAGGGCCUUCAAGACACACCCCGUUGGAUAGAAGAAGGACGGAACAAACCUAUUCCUUGUCGUCUAUCCGUUUCAAUUUUUGAACCGCCGAUUUGUCCGAAACGAACGAAUCGGUGCCAUCCGCGUUCUAUGAUACCAGAAUUCGUUCCAUUCGGAAAUUCCGCAAGAUCUGAUCGAUAGACUUUUACAAAAAUUCAUACAGUCCACCCCCUCACGAACUACACCAUUACAGUAUACAUAUACGUACAUUAAAAUUGCAUGUAAGAUUGAAAUCAUGACGAGCAACAUGCACACAAGACCGACUAUCGGUCCAGCUAUUCAAGCAAAACGCAACUGCAUCCGAGAUAAGAUGCAAUUUUCCUACAUAUCUCAGUUGAAACGUUUCGAAAAACAAAACAUAAGGUACUAGAAAUCCUUUAAUGUUCGAGCUCGUGAACCUAUUUUUCAUUAGUAGUGUAAGAAGUCUAAUAAUGGCUUUCAGAAGUA